ACCCGGAUUCAUCUAAUUAAACAUUUUUGACACAUAACACAAAAUCCUCUCUUUCUCUUGCCAAAAUUCGAAAUACGCAUCCACUGCCAAAUCCUAUUUCUCUCUCGUUCUCUCUCUUCCGUUUCAGGCGAGGCAAGCUGAGCCUGAGAGUAGCAAAACUGCUGGCUGCAAAAAAACGAGGAGAGGAACCAGGCGGAAGGCGGCGAGCCAGAAGGCGGAGGCAGAGAAGCACAAGGAAUCGAGCAAAGCCACAAGGACGACUCGGACGACGAAGCGGGUGAAGAAAUCGGAGCCCCAGUACUUGGAGGACCCCCGCAACCUGCAAGAUCUAUGGAAGGCUGCAUUCCCUGUUGGCACCAACAAUGUCUACCUCUUUGGCUGCACUGAGCCUCAAUUGGUCUCCGUCAAUGGUGAAAACAAAGUUGUUUGCAUACGUGGUGGUCGCGGUUGUGUCGCCUUUCCCCCCUUCCGAUAUGAUUGGGAUUAACUCAGUUCAGAGAGAAGCGGAAUAAAUAAUUCCCAUGAAACAAAUAAAAAUGGUUGGAUUCUGUAUAUUCCUCUGGAGAAUAGAGACAGCCAAGUUGAUAGACUUAAAUCACAAAUAUUUAUUCUGGGCUGCACUAAGAGAAGAUUUCUAUCAGCUCUUCAAGGAAGAUGAGCUCGAGCAGAGCACUGAGGUCCCAAUAAUGUUUCCAGGAGGGCCAAAGCCGGUAAGGGUAAUAAUUAUUAGUUAAACAAACUCAUGGACAAAAACUAUUUUGAUAUGAAUUGUAUGGGUCUAUCUGGGUUUACGGAUUUGAUGAGAAGGAGUGCUGAAGGGCUUAAACCUAAGUAAUACAGGAUAUUCAAGAAUUAGUUCCUAAAUUGAAAAGAUAUAUAAAAAAGAAUUGGGAAAAGAAAGACUGGACUAGGUUAGCUUCCAGAGAUGUAGCAAUGCCUAAAUUAAUAUUCUUUUCUUCCUACAUCCUCAUCUGUUCUCUUUCCAUCUGAACUUUCAUUUAAGUACAACACAUGGGCAUGCUUUCAGUGAGAUCUUUGUCAAACAUGCUGUUACUGUUGGAUAACUUAUUUGGUUUUGCACACCCCCAUUUGAACCCUAUGAGGCUUAUGCUGGUUGUCUCCCCUCCACUCCUUUGGGUAGACCGUCCCUGUUGGGCUCGGUUCAAGUCUCGAAAAAUCUGAAGGUGAAGUCACUGAUUUGUCCUGAGAGUGGGGAGUGGGAAAUUGACUUUUUAAAACCUUUCUUGGCGGAAUCAGAGGUUGAGGCAAUCUUGGCUAUGCAUAUUGGUGAUCCGACGCUCAAGGACAGAUUGGUUUGGCCUUAUGACAAGAGGGGGUCUUAUUCAGUCAAAUCAGGUUAUUAUUGGAGUCUCUCUCGAAAUAUUGAUCGCUGCCAUCAAUAAAUGAAGAAUUUAUAUAUUCGUAGAUCCUCUCUUUCUCCCAUUUGCCCUCUCUGUAAUUCUAAUGAUGAGUCCAUUGAACAUCUCUUUCUGUUUUGUCCUUGGGUGGAGGUGGUUUGGUUUGGGGGUAUGCUGAACUUGAGACCUCAUCCGCUGCAUGUUUCAAGCUGGGCAAACUGGAUUGUGCAAAUGGGUGAUUUGGAGACUGGGUCAAUGGAGGUGAGGAUUAAUCGCUUAUCUUAUAUUGCUUUCACAUGCUGGCAUAUUUGGAAAUCAAGAUGUGAUUUCCAGUUCAACAACCAAGUUAUAUACCCCAACAGGGUGGUAGCAGCUAUCUCCAGAUCGGUCUCGGCUUAUCAGGAUUUUAUCAACAGGCCGAGUUUCCCAUCUUUGCUCAAUCAACCGAACUUGGGGGAUGAAGUGCAGUGGUCUCCUCCGAAUCAAGGAGUCAUCAAAAUUAAUGUGGAUGCUAGCUGGGAUGCAAGUGUGGGUGGGGGCUUCAUGGGGGUGGUGGCGAGGGAUGAGAAUGGGCGGUUUUUGGCUGCUUCUAGGCUUAGAGUAAAGGCUACAGGUGCUACGAUGGCUGAGGCUUUGGCCAUUUUACAUGGGUGUAAGCUGGGGGUUAGAAACGGGUGGAAUUCCAUUUGUAUUGAAUCGGACUCGUUCGAUGCAAUUUCUUGUCUGAGGGAUCCGGCAAAGAAGGGCAGUUGGGAUGCCUUUCCCAUUCUUAGGAAGUGCUAUCGAUUGGGAAUGGCUUUUCAGGCUUGCCACUGGUCUUGGGUACCAAGACUGGCCAACUCGGUAGCGGACUUUUUGGCGUCGCGAAAAUGUAGGGAAGCAUGUGAUCAAAUAUGGGUCCAUAGACCCCCAUCUUCCCUGGUCCAUGUCUUAUGCAAUGAUGGUCUUCCUUGCCCUCCUUAGUAUUUUUUUGUUAGUUUAGAAGGGACGCUUUAGCACUAGAUGCGGCGUCACGGCUCCCUUGUACCUUCUUGUAUUUCCUUCUGUUGUCAUUGCUGGUGUUUGUUUGCCUCUUGGGUAGGCUUUCUUGUUUCUUUUUGGCAUCUUUGCCCGGAUAUAUCAUAUCUGUUUUCCAAAAAAAAAAAUGUCCAUAAAUUUCUGGAAUUGGACCAAUAUAUUACAAGAUCAAGCUUUUCAUUUCUGCUUUUGCACAAACAACAUACUCCUUGAUGUACUCAUAUGAAUUUGAAUGAUUACUGUAUACUUUCAGGUCUCUUGUGAAGUGACUUUCUUUUAUGGCCCUUUCAGGUUUACUGUGAAUUUGAUUGGGAAUUGGAUGAACUGGAGGAGUUCACUGAUAACCUGAUAGAAGAGGAGGAAUUAUCUGCAGACCAGAAGGAUGAAUUCAAGGAGUUUGUCAAGGAGAAGUCCGUGAACAAAAGAAAUCUAAUUGAGAGGCCAGGGAAACCCGGAGAAAAGCCAUUGAAGAAAUGAGUGAAGAAGCUAAAACAGCAUUUGAAAAUAUGAGGUUUUACAAGUUCUACCCUGUGCAUACACCAGAUACUCCUGACAUUUCAAUUGUUAAGGUUGUCAACAGACCAUUCCAAAAGUAAAAGCAAAGGAGAGGAAAGCUUGUAUUGCCUUUUUGUUGGUGGGUUGCAGGGAUUAAACACCUAACAGAGAGAUCUAGAAUGAGUACGAAGAGGAAGUGAAGAGUGGGAGUGGAAAGGUGAUAACCUUGAGUUCUAAAGGCCGUGUGAGCACAGCUGUGAUCGUGGAUUCUGAUGUUAUAUGGUAAUGAUUCAAAAUUUAGGCCUGACUCGAAGAGAAUCCAGAUCCUGAGAAAAUGCUCCAUUCAUCAACAGGUAUUAUGGCAAGGCUCAUGAGGUGUUGUGAUCACCAAGGUCAAGAAGGUGCCAUAUUGAAAGUCUCGAGCCUCGUUUGGCUGUGCUGAAUUAAGCACUCUGUCGAAGACUUGAUUGUUGUUUAUACUACAAGGUAAGGUAUGGGAGGCAAUGCCCCUGGUGCCUCGAUAUCAAGGCAUGAAAGUCUCGAGCCUCGUUUGGCGGUGCUGAAUUAAGUACUCUGCCGAAGACUUGAUUGUUGUUUAUACAAGGUAAGGUAUGGGAGGCAAUGCCCCUGGUGCCUCGAUAUCAAGGCAUGAAAGUCUCGAGCCUCGUUUGGCUGUGCUGAAUUAAGUACUCUGCCGAAGACUUGAUUGUUGUUUAUACAAGGUAAGGUAUGGGAGGCAAUCCCCCUGGUGCCUCAAUAUAGAAUGCCUUGAAUACCGUCGAGAUGUCUCGACCCUGGACGGAUGUAAACUUGUAGAUUCAAAGUUAUAGUAAAAAUAUGAGGGGCUCUUGUACAUAGGAGGAGGAAGUUGUAAGAUACAUUGAGCAUUCGAAUUUUGUACUAGUUGAUCUGAGAAGCUGGAAUUUUGUACUAGUUGUGGGUAAAUGUUUGUCAACCGAUUGACAUUCACUUUGUAUUAGAAAAUUAGGAACUUUAACGGAAAGCUUCACGUACU